CUGCCGCCGCCGCUGCUGCUCGCCAUGGGCGCGGCCGGCGCUCGGGGCGAACCGCGGCUCCGCGCCGGCACCGCCAGCCGCGCCGCGCCGCCCCGCGCACGUAGCCGCCGCCGCCGCCGCCCCGCCAGGGGCGGGACACGGGCACGGCCCGCCUGUAGGGCAGCCCCCGCCGAGAGCGGCGCCGAGGACGGCCGCGUGCGCCACCUCCUCCCGGGGGGCGGCGGUAGGGCUGAGCUACCGGCCUUGUGCUGCGCGUCACCCCCGCGGCGAGCAGGGGGCGGCCGUUCCGCCCAGCAGCCGGGCUGGACCUGCCCUCCCGUUACCGUGCCGCGGAGAGCCGGCAGCGCUGCGGUUACUCGGAACAACUCCGCCACCUUCCUGCCGGGCUUUGUUCCCUCCGCCGCCUGCGUCUGGGCCAGAUCCUCAGCGCCGCGCUAAAUCACCGCAUUCGCCCGUUGCUACAUCUGCGCGUCGCGAAGCUGCGGGCUCGGUGGCCAUCUUUCUUUCCCGUCGGUGACAAGCUGGAGCAAAGCCCUUUCUUCAGGUGCUCUGAGCCCUAGCAAACCUUCACCGCGUGUCAGUUCAACGCUGUCUUGAGCACGAAAGUCAUCCCUGAGAAGGGAAGAUUGGUGGCGUUGGCUGGCAAAGCCAAACACAGGGUGCAAAGCGUGGGGAGGAAAGUCCCUGGGGGCAGGGAGGAAGCGUGGAUACGGGCAGGUAGGACUCAGCACCAGGCUGGGUUCAGGAGCUGCCCAAAGCAUCAGAGGCAAUCCUGGGGUGCCUUUUGGCCCUGGGGCUGCCCCUCGGCUUUGGAGGAAGAGCUCUGCAGGGAUACCACGAUCUGGGAGGCCCUUCCCACCCUUCCUGUGGGCUGGUAUCAGAUCCUGUUGCUGAGAGACACAGGUGGCCUCUCACUCCAUUGUCCCUGUCAGAGCUGUUUUUCCAGGCUUAUCCUCGUUUAUUUUCAGAGCAUCCUUACGUCCUGACGGCGUACUUUUAUCUGGGCUAACUCAGAUUUUGUCUCUUUGUUUUUCCUGAAGACCACUGAGGAAGCAGCCCCCCUCCGCACACCAGGAGCUGCUUCCCCACAUCACAAAUAGCACUUCAGUUCCUCCUGAAAAGAUAGCAGUCCUCUUCUCCGUCACCUCGCCCAACUGUUCUUGUGAUACCAGGCCUGUGACUUUGUUUCCUGCUAUCAAAAUGACAUGUUUCAGUCAAGACGAUGCUUCUAGGAAGCAAGACCUCUGCAUGCAAUAUCAGUGCUGGCAUCACAUUUGCAUCAAUUUUGUUUUUUUCCUUGUGCACACGAGGACAGAGGAAGCAGCAUCAUUACUGGGGGCAGCCACCCGAUGACACUCACGUGGGCGCUGCAGAUCUGCUCUGAAAACAGGUCAGGCUCCUGGCUGCUCUGUGACCUGCAGCGGGUGUCACCCAGAAGGAUGCCCGUCUGCAUCCUCUCACAUCCCCCCGAGGACAGCUGGACAGAACCCUCUGCCAGGGCUGCUUCAAGCAGCCGGUGGCUCAGCCAGAUAGAAAGCAGCAGGGUGAGAAACACCUACCUCCUUUUGCCUGCUACUAGAAGCACGCUGGAAGCCCGUUAAACGUAAACACGUAACACCAGGUGCAGGUUUUGGUGUUGUUUCCUAUUCCUUAGAGAUUAAAUACAGUCAGAAAGUAUUCCAAGACCCUCUCCUAGCUGUCACCAGCCGGGGCUGAGGGGCACGUGGCUGGAAGCGGCUAGCAGCGCUCCGAAGCACUUUAUUGAAAGAGGAAAGCCCAACUCUGGGCUUUGCUGAUAAAUAAAGGCUGGAGGAAGGCGAAGGCUGUGGGAAGUGGGUGCUCCUCCUGCUGGCGGAGCGGUGACCAGGCCUCGGGCUGAAGGCACGGAAAACGGGAGCUCAGGAGCAGUGAGGCCCGGUUCCUCGCUACCGAGCGCCUCUCCCUCAGGGACGGGAGGAGGCCUGGCACCAGCCCCAGCACCGGGGGAAGCGACGCACAAAGCCCAGUUCUGGCGCUGGGGAGCGCGUCAGGCAUCGGGCAGCCACCGCUUCGCGGCUUUCUCUCGACAGGGCCCGGCUCCCACAGCCGUACCUGCGGCUCCGCUCCCACACCGCGCUCCCGCUCGCAGAGGCGUUCCGGUCCCGCGCGGGAGGUGCUUCCAAAGGAGCGGGGUGGGGCUACCCGGAGGGCGGGACCACACGAGAGAGAGCCCGCCAGGGGGCAGGCGCGAGCCGCUGCCCGACGGAGGGCGGGACAUGAUGCGGCCACGCCCCCUCCGCCUUCCCCUCACUCCCCCCCCCCCCGGCGCGUGACGUCCGGUCGCCGCGCCCCGCCAUUGGUCAGCGGAGGGCGGAAGCUGCCGCCGUUGCCGCAGUGACGGGAGCCGAGAGGGAGGCGGGGGAGGGAGGAGGGCGAAGAUGGCGGCGCCGCCGCGCCGCUCCCAGCACCACCACCAUCAUCACGGGCCCCCGCCGCCGCCCGGGCCGGCCUCGCCGCCCGCCGCCGCCUCUCCGCCGCGCAGCCCCAGCCUCGCGCCGGCCGAGCUCGGCCCCGCCGCGCAACGCCACAGCCUGGCCGGGCCCGAGGGCGAGGCUCCCCCCGACGCCGAGCGGCCUCCGGCCCCGGAGUGCUCGGAGGGCGCCGCUCCGGGCCCGCCUCCGGGCUCGGGCAGCAGCUCCGGCAGCUCGGCCUCUUCCUCCUCCUCCUCGUCGUCCACGUCGUCGUCGGUGGCGUCGAGCCCGGCGGCGGAGAGCCCCGAGGCGGCGGGCCCGAGCGGGGCCUUCCGCGAGCUGCUGGAGGCUUGCCGUAAUGGAGACGUGACGCGCGUCAAGCGCCUGGUGGACGCUGGCAACGUCAACGCCAAGGACAUGGCCGGCCGCAAGUCCACGCCGCUCCACUUCGCCGCUGGGUUUGGAAGGAAAGAUGUUGUCGAGCACUUGCUACAGACAGGAGCCAACGUUCAUGCUCGUGAUGACGGAGGGCUGAUACCCCUUCACAAUGCCUGCUCCUUUGGUCAUGCUGAAGUGGUUAGUCUGUUACUGUGCCAAGGUGCAGACCCUAAUGCUAGAGACAAUUGGAACUACACUCCUUUGCACGAGGCUGCUAUCAAGGGGAAGAUAGAUGUGUGUAUUGUGCUGCUGCAGCACGGAGCUGAUCCAAACAUUCGGAACACCGAUGGGAAAUCUGCGCUGGAUCUGGCAGACCCCUCAGCAAAAGCUGUACUCACAGGUGAAUACAAGAAGGACGAACUCCUGGAAGCUGCUAGGAGUGGUAAUGAAGAAAAACUGAUGGCUUUAUUGACUCCUUUAAAUGUGAACUGCCAUGCAAGCGAUGGACGCAAGUCCACUCCUUUACACCUAGCAGCAGGCUACAACAGAGUACGAAUAGUCCAACUUCUGCUUCAGCAUGGUGCAGAUGUUCACGCAAAGGACAAAGGUGGUCUUGUGCCUCUUCAUAACGCAUGUUCAUAUGGACACUAUGAAGUUACAGAGCUACUACUUAAGCACGGUGCAUGCGUUAAUGCAAUGGACCUCUGGCAAUUUACUCCCUUGCACGAGGCUGCUUCCAAGAACCGUGUAGAAGUCUGUUCCCUCUUGCUGAGUCACGGUGCAGAUCCCACGUUAGUCAACUGCCAUGGAAAGAGUGCGGUCGAUAUGGCUCCGACACCUGAGCUAAGGGAGAGGCUGACCUAUGAAUUCAAAGGGCAUUCUUUACUGCAAGCAGCCAGAGAGGCAGAUUUAGCCAAAGUGAAAAAAACACUUGCUUUGGAGAUCAUCAAUUUUAAGCAGCCACAGUCACAUGAGACUGCUCUGCACUGUGCUGUGGCCGCUGUGCAUCCCAAGCGGAAGCAAGUUACAGAACUAUUGCUCAGGAAAGGAGCCAACGUUAAUGAGAAAAACAAAGAUUUCAUGACACCUUUGCAUGUUGCCGCUGAGAAAGCUCAUAAUGAUGUCAUGGAAGUUCUGCAUAAGCAUGGAGCAAAGAUGAACGCACUGGACACACUUGGUCAAACAGCAUUGCACAGGGCUGCUUUAGCAGGUCACUUGCAAACCUGCCGACUCCUGCUGAAUUAUGGCUCUGAUCCCUCCAUCAUCUCUUUACAAGGAUUCACAGCGGCACAGAUAGGAAAUGAAGCAGUGCAACAGAUUCUAAGUGAGAGUACACCUGUGCGUACAUCUGAUGUGGAUUACCGGUUGUUAGAAGCAUCCAAAGCUGGAGACUUGGAAACUGUGAAGCAUGGAGCUGAUCCAACAAAGAAGAAUCGAGAUGGGAACACUCCUCUAGAUUUGGUGAAAGAAGGAGACACGGAUAUCCAGGACUUACUGCGAGGAGAUGCUGCUUUGCUAGAUGCUGCCAAGAAAGGGUGCCUGGCUCGAGUGCAGAAGCUGUGUACUCAAGAAAAUAUCAAUUGCAGAGACACCCAGGGACGAAAUUCAACACCGCUACAUCUUGCAGCUGGUUACAACAAUUUGGAAGUGGCUGAAUACCUUCUUGAGCAUGGUGCUGAUGUUAAUGCCCAGGACAAAGGUGGAUUAAUACCUCUACAUAAUGCAGCAUCCUAUGGGCACGUGGAUAUUGCAGCACUGCUGAUCAAAUACAAUACAUGUGUAAAUGCAACAGAUAAGUGGGCAUUCACACCACUGCAUGAAGCAGCACAAAAAGGAAGGACGCAGCUCUGUGCUCUGCUGUUAGCUCAUGGAGCAGAUCCAACCAUGAAGAAUCAAGAGGGUCAGACACCACUAGACCUGGCAACAGCUGACGAUAUCAGAGCUUUGCUGAUAGAUGCAAUGCCUCCAGAAGCUUUACCUACGUGCUUUAAGCCUCAAGCAACUGUUGUUAGUGCCUCCCUGAUCUCGCCAGCGUCUACGCCAUCCUGCCUUUCUGCUGCCAGCAGUAUAGAUAACCUCACUGGGCCACUGGCAGAACUAGCGGUUGGAGGGGCAUCAAAUACUGGUGAUGGAGCAGCGGGAACCGAAAGGAAGGAAGGAGAAGUUUCUGGUCUUGACAUGAACAUUACCCAGUUCCUGAAAAGCCUUGGUCUUGAGCACCUUCGGGACAUCUUUGAGACAGAACAGAUAACCCUAGAUGUGUUGGCAGACAUGGGACAUGAGGAGCUUAAAGAAAUAGGGAUCAACGCCUAUGGCCACCGGCACAAAUUGAUAAAAGGUGUGGAGAGACUUCUAGGAGGCCAGCAAGGUACCAAUCCUUAUUUAACUUUCCACUGCGUGAGUCAGGGGACUAUUCUCCUUGACCUUGCCCCUGACGAUAAGGAGUAUCAGUCCGUUGAAGAGGAGAUGCAGAGUACAAUCCGGGAGCACAGAGAUGGUGGAAAUGCUGGUGGGAUCUUCAACAGGUACAACGUCAUCAGGAUUCAAAAGGUUGUGAAUAAGAAGUUGCGGGAGAGAUUCUGUCACAGGCAGAAGGAGGUCUCAGAAGAGAAUCAUAACCAUCACAAUGAGCGCAUGUUGUUUCAUGGGUCUCCUUUUAUUAAUGCUAUCAUUCACAAAGGAUUUGAUGAAAGGCAUGCAUACAUUGGAGGAAUGUUUGGAGCUGGAAUUUACUUUGCGGAGAACUCUUCAAAGAGCAACCAGUAUGUGUAUGGGAUAGGAGGAGGAACAGGCUGUCCCACACACAAAGACAGGUCCUGUUACAUCUGCCACAGACAAAUGCUUUUCUGCAGAGUGACCCUUGGAAAAUCCUUUCUUCAGUUCAGUACCAUGAAGAUGGCACACGCCCCUCCAGGACACCAUUCAGUCAUUGGCAGGCCAAGUGUGAAUGGACUUGCAUACGCUGAAUAUGUUAUCUAUAGAGGAGAACAGGCAUACCCAGAAUAUCUUAUUACGUACCAGAUUGUGAAACCAGAAGCUCCCUCACAGACAGGAACGGCAGCAGAGCAAAAGACCUAGUAGCUACAGGGCAGUGAAGAAGGAUGUGACUUCAAUCUUGGACUGGGUUGGAUAUGUGUUCAGGAUAUCAGUAUCAUAUAAAAUUCUUAAUCUGGAAAUAAGCUGUAUGUCUUUUAUAAAGCAUUGCUGUCUUGAUGAAUACGAUAUGAGUAACUCUUGCAUACUCAACUGCUAUUGUUCCUUUUGAGGAAGGUUUACAAGAGACUGCCUUUUAAUAAUGCAUCUCAGGCUCCGAGUCUCUACCAUUACCAUGUGCAAAAUAAUGUUUUGAUCUAGACUUCGGGAACAUUGUGCAAACAAAUCUUUAUCAAGGCCAUCUCACACGUUAAAAUUUCAGACACUACUGUUCUGCUUACUUUAUUUGCAGAUAAACUGCAUUAAGUCCAUAAUUUUCCUUUCAGCAUGCAGCAUUCAUUUUAUCUUUUCAGAAAGUCAACUAUUUAUUUUCCUUUUGUAUUCUGGAGUUGAGCCAGAACCUACUUAAAGGUAUUUUGCACAAAGUCAAGUUGACUAAAACCAUUAACAAUGCAAUAUGAAAUUCAUCUGAGAAGGGGCUAGGUUCAGUUCUUCAAGACGGGUUUUUUUGCACACCUCUGAGCAAACGAUACUAAUAGGUGAGUGUUACUUUAGAGUGGAAACAAAUCACGUUUUGGUUUGCUGCGUUGUCUGUGUGAGUUUUCUGGGGAAACCCAACAGAAGUGUCAAACCAACUCUUGUGCUUGAAAGGACCUGAUACAGCAGGUCAGUGCCCUCUGCUGAUAUCUCCAAAAGAACAUUUUACAAGGCUGCUAUCAAGUGGUGCAGUUUGUGAAACGUUCUCCCCUCACAGUGGCAUAUGGUUUUGCUGGGAGAUAGUUGACAAGUCAGAAGACCCACACGUGCAAGGAUGUAUCUGGGUCGCAUCCCUCUAUAGGAGACACGGAAGAUGGUUUUCAGACUGGUAAGGGAGAAUGUGUUACAGCAGUUUCGUGUCACAUCUGUUUGACAUGGUGGUUGUUGAACAGCUUAAGUGGUUUACAAAAGUAAUUUUUUAGAAUAUGGGUUUUACAUCUUUAUGAGGAAAGCUUUUUCAGAAAGAUGAGUUGGGAAGUCAGUUUGCUCGCAGGUAUAGCAGAGGACAGAGCCGGGAUGCACUCACCUUAACCCCCUGCCAUGCAAGUUCCGGGGUUUAUUUUGCUGGGCAGGAGGAGGUUAUAUUUCAGCAUUGUAUAGCACAGCAUCAGACAACUUCUGAAGUCUCCCUCAUUUGAACGGUAUAGAUUUAACAAAAAUAGAAAUCAAUUUCUUUUCUCUUUUGAGCUGUUUUUACAACUUCAGAGAAGGUUGAAAACCAAGCCGUUAUUAGUUGUUUUGGUUUUGUUUUUAAUCCAUCAAUAUGAGAUGUUUUCCAGCGUUGAGCAUAUAAUGGCUGGAGGUAAAAUGUUCCUUUGAACAGGCUGUCCAUUUCCCUAUCGACUGGCACUGCAGAAUAACUGAUGAUCCAGUUCAUGCAUUCCAGCUUUAUCACCCUUUAAGCGAGGGAAUGACAGAAUAGCAUGCUUUUAGUUUAUAAAAACGUGCUCCCUGCCAGUGGGCUUUGCUUGGGGGCUUUGGACAAAACAGAGUUUUCACUUCCAGCUUUAAGACACGGGAUUUUCAUUUUUAGCAUUAAGAGUUUAGUGUUGGAGCAAGUUAUCCUCCUGGAGGAAUUGCACCCACUGUAACGUCAGUCAUCUGAUGCGGUCCGGCUGCCUGCACAUCCGCUCUUUUUGUAAUAUCUAUCAAGAAAACCUUAGGAAUAGCAAUACUGCAGCAGAUCCUGAGCUUUGGGUUUUAUUUCUCUCGAGCUGGCACUGGAUCUAUGGUUUUCACUUCAUUUUGUGACCUGAUGAAAUAAUCAGCUUCGCAGUCCAAGCCAGGCCCUGGCCUAGUUGUCCUUUUAAUCAGACGUCAUUGACACAGUCGGAUGCUUGUAUUUUGGCUACUUGUUUAGUAGUGUUAGGAUUGCAGAGAUCACCACUAGGCUUUGAAGUUUUGUAUUCAUCAUUUAAGUUUGGGGUUUGUUUUUAAUUUAGUUAAGAAUGGAGUGGGGGAUGUGCCUAUCUACACUUAGGGUUUCAGGUAGCGAUGAGAGUGAGCGUGGCUCGCCAUCCCCAUUAGACAUAGAUUUCAGUGAUUAAAAGAAAUGAAUUGUGCUGUGUAGAUGAGCAAAAUGGUUACUGUGGGUGUGGAAGUUGAAAGCUUUACAUCUUUGAAAAACAAGAACAAACCUAAAAACAUAACCCCACCAGGCCUGCACCAGAUUUUGUUCUUGCUUGUUGUUUCCUGUGUGCUCAUGGAACAAAGUCUGGGUUUCUUCAGGAGCUGUGAAGUUCUGGAGUACAAAAAUACACUGUUCGGUAUCUUGGAACUGCCCAUGUUACGUAUCUGAUGUUCUGUGCAGAGUAAAGGUGCUGUGUGAAGAAAUCAUUUUGCAGUGGCUUUUGUCUCGUAACAGUCCCAUGCCCAUUCGUGGCCAGCACAGAGGGACACCCCGGCCUGGUGGGCUGUGCAGGUCAGCGUGUGCCUCUGCUGGCCGAUGUCGUGUGCGUGUGGCUCCUCCUGUGGCUGAAAACAAGGUGAGGAUCUGCCCAUCAGUAUCUGUUACCUAUGGAAAAGCUGAUGGUGGUUGAGCUGCUGCCGGCAGUGUUGUGUUUGCAGUAGGGUUGCUGCUGCUUUAGCCGAGGGAGUUGAUGCAAGAGCUCCCAGUUCCAGGGAAUGGAUGUGGCAGGGUGCCUCACUGGGUCACCAGUGGAGGUAUGAUAGAAGUGAGGAAUGCCGGGAGGUGCUGGGCUUAAGCCAGGUUUGGAAGCCUGGCAGCUCUCGGUGGCUCCAGGCAGAGCCUUUCCCUGUGGGAUUAAUGCGGUGCCUGCAGGGGAAGGGACGGCGAUUGCCCUGACCUGGUGCCUUUUACCCUUAGAGGAGUGCUUUGAAACAGCCGUGACGGGCCUCAGUGGGCGGACAGAGCAGCGCUUCACCAGGUCUGAACCAGGAGGUGCUGUCUCUCCAGGGCUGAGGUUGUUCCCAUGACACAGGGUGGCAUCGCAGUCUGAACGCUGUCAGCAAAACUCCUGUCCGAAUUCAAACCGGAGUACGGCACCUCAGCAGUGGUGCAUCUCACUUUCUCAUCCUUACUCCUCUCUGCUCAUCUUUGAUCCCAGCUCCAUGAGAACUGCUGCUGACCGCUGUACUGGUUGGGCAGUUUUCCUGCCACUGCUGUUCUGUCGUGCAAGGAAUGAGGAUUGGUUUUUUCUAACCUCUGUUUUGAACGUCUGUAAGUGAUGCCAUCAAAUCCCACCGUGUUGGGCAGCAGGAAUUUCCUUACCUGCAAACUCUCCUACCAUUUUUUUUUCCCAAAGAUGGGGAAAAAGAAAGGGUUCCCGUGCUCAAAGUAGGCAGGGGAAUUUGAACGUUGUGAUUGUUCUCAGAAGCAGGAAGUCAGGAAGCAUGUGAAGUUACUCUGAAUGGAAUUUCACCAUUCCCAUACUUCCUGACCCUAGAAAAUCUAACUGAUAUCAAAAAGGGCGUGUGCCUGGUGUGCGUUUCAGUCAUUUCAAGCUAAGCUGCCACCCUGCUGGGUAGGACAGGGGGAAGUACGGAUUCAGUUUAGCCCUGGGUACCAACUGAUGUGGGAACCUACAGACUGGAACCUGAGGUGCCUUGGGGGCAGGUGAGAACUCACUGCCUGCCAACGUGUGGGGGUCGGGGCGGCGCUUGUGAGCACUGCUGAAGGAAGGUGAGUGAGUGGGCAGGGAGCAAGAGGAGCCCGUGCGUCGCAGUGAGAUGAACACACGCGCCCAUCAGGCUGUAUAGCAGACUGGUUUUGAUCCAUCUAGUUCUGUCAUACUGAGCCUACCGGUGGCAAUUCUUAGCGUCGGUUCCGUUGUGCUGAUGACUAAUGUAGUUUGAUUAGAGUAACUGUAUUACAAGGUAAUCUUGGCACUGUUUCUUCUUAACAUCUGAGGAACUUGCUUCAGCUUUGGAAGUCGAAGUGGGGAUUUCUCUGUGCCACAGUCCUGUGAGCUUGUGCACCUCCAUUUCUGAUCGCUUGCUCUGCCACCCCAAAGGGCGAUGUACCUGGGGUUGAGUUUUUAGACUUUUGUAUCACUUGUCUUCGCAGCUAGUCCUUUGUUCCUCUCUUGGUGCCCGACCACCCGGAGCUGGGAUAGCAUUUAUUUAUUUCCUCCUUUACCCUCUCUCUAAAAGAAGACGAUGGGCAGAUUCUCAGCCUAUCUACAUGGUGGACUUUAGGUAACAUUGUUGUAACAACCAAGUUUGAUCUAUAAAUGUGCUUGGCUAAAUGUCUGAUCUGCAAUACUUGUAAUAGUUUAAAACUCAAUAAAUACAUUUUUAACAGUU